AUGUACGCGACUGUCCAGAAAAAGUCAGAAAAUAAACUCAUUGCCGAGAUUCCAUCUGAAGAUCGCAGUCAGUGCCAUACGGCUUUGUUUCUAGAAAUCGAGUGCUCGUCGUUUUUGACAUGUGAAAGCUGUCAGCUGUUUUCGACACACUGUGGAUGGUGCGACGACGGUUCUCGAACGGGCCUCGGCACUUGUUUACCUGGUGGCAACGACGGCCCCGUGGAUUGGUACGUAACCAGCAGGAGUUUCAGGCGCAACAGCGACCUCUGUCCCUCGAAAAAUUGGUACUUUGUUCAAUGUCAAUGCAACGGCCACGGUACUUGUGCGAACACUACUUAUGCCGCCGAUACCGAUUCCGUUCCGCUCAAAUGUUUAUCCUGCCAAGACAAGACGAUGGGACAUCAUUGCGAACGAUGCGUCGAUGGCUACUACGGUAAUGCACUGAAUGGUGGAAACUGCACACGGUGCGACUGCAACGGGAAAGCGACUCAAUGUGACCCUUACAAGGGCAACUGCUUUUGUAUGACGAAAGGUGUUUCAGGGUUCAACUGCGACAAGUGUGAACAGAAGUACGUUAGAGUCGGCGACGAGUUGACCAUCGAUUUUGUGUUCACCUUUAACCUGAACAGCGAAGACGAUGCGCACAUAACGCAGAUCAACUUUAUGACUCGCCCUCCAAAGGAAAAUACGGAUGUUACAGCGUUCGCUGGCGACAAAGAGAGACGGUUUUUAAUGGGCAGUGCCUGCCACGAGAUUGAACGUCGGUUCGGUGCUGACGAGUUCUCUUUUGGAACUGAUGCGAAUACAACAUUUUUCAUAUAUUUGUACGAUUUUAAGUCUCCAAUUAUUAUUCAGAUAUCAUUUGCUCAAACGCCAACCAUCGACUGGAUGAAGUUUUUCAUUACGUUUGCCCUGUGCUUCUUCAUCCUGCUAGUCGUUGCUUUUGCCUUAUGGAAGAUCAAACAGCGGUUCGACGUCUACCAAAGGAGACAGAGAAUGUUCGUGGAAAUGGCACAGAUGGCCAGCAGGCCGUUCGCAUCAGUCGAACUGGACUUAUCCCUUACGUCGCCGGGUUCGAAGCAGGCAGCAACGCAGGUGGCGAUAGAGCCAUGCAGCAACUAUCGAGCAGGCGUUGUGACGGUCGCCGUGCGACUUCCGACCGGGGGCCGGAAAUAUGUUCCGAACGGACAGUCAGGUUUCGCCGUGGCUUCGGCGCUGUGUUUCCUGACACCCAACCAAUUAGCUCAACUUCAGACGCCGCCUUCGCCGGUUCCUGAUCCCAAAGCGAAGCGAAAGCGGCCCCCGUGCUUAUUUUCUUCAUGA